AUCAACUCUCGUGCAAAUGUCCAGAUGGAUACUUUGGCCCGCGCUGCUUGCAGAAAGAGCCUCUCCGACUGUACAUGCCCAAUCCUCACAAAAGUGUCCAAAUGACUUUACUGGUGAUCGCUGUCAAACCUACGUUAUGGCCAGUUUCUACCAGCAUCUUGGGAUUGAAUUUAUGGAGGCGGAGGCACUGUACCAGAAGAGAGUGCUGACAAUCACGGGGAUCUGUGUGGCAUUGUUAGUCGUUGGCAUCGUGUGCGUGGUGGCCUACUGCAAAACCAAGAAACAGAGGAGGAAGAUGCACAAUCACCUGCGGCAGAACAUGUGCGCAGAUCACCCGAAUCGGAACCUCGCGAACGGACCUAAUCACCCAGGCCCUGGACCGGAGGAUAUCCCCAUGGUCGACUACAUCUCGAAGAACGUCCCGCCGACGGAGCGAGUCAUUCGACACGGAACAGAGGCCUCCUUCCCAGGGAGCCAAGCGUCUUCCAGAUCCCACAAUUCCUCCACCCGGGCCCACUCAUCCACCCACAGACACGAGGAGCGGACGUGGAGCCUGGAGCGGACGGACAGCGUCCUGUCGGACUCCCCCUCGGGCAUGAUGUCGUCCUCCGUGGGGACCAGCAAAUGCAACAGUCCUGCGUGCAUGGAGGCCCGGGCCAAGCGUGCACCACACUGUGGCUUUGUUGAGUCCCAGCGGCCGGGCCUGCCCUACGGAGACUCCUUCGACUCGCUGGGGGACUCUCCGCACAGCGACAGGUACGUGUCAGCCCUGACCACCCCGGCGCGCCUCUCCCCAGUAGAGUUCCAUUACUCCCUGCCCCCACAGGUGCCUACCUUCCAGAUCACCUCCCCCAACGCCAUCCACGCCAUGUCCCUCCCGCCGGCCGCCCGCGCCCCCUACCCGGCCCCGCCGGAGGACGACCAGCCCCUGCUGCGCCGCUACCAGGUGCCCCUGCACGACGCCCAGCGCCACGAGCCCUACCUGCAGCGGCGCGCCUACCCCGACGACAGCCAGCCUUCCAGUCCUUACCGGCUCGCCCAGGACGAGGACUACGAGACCACGCAGGAGUACCUCUCCUCCCGGGAGCAACCAAAGAGAAGCGGGCCGGACAGGGCCGAGGGCGGGGGCGGCGGCGGGGGCCGGCGAGGCCCGAGGAGGUCCCGGUUGAACGGCCACGUGGCGCCGCGCGGCUACGAGGCGUCGCGGGACUACGGCUCCCGCAGCUGCCUGACGGACAGCGAGUCGGAGGAGGAGGAGGGGGAGACCAUGCCCUUUCUCAGUAUGCAGAACAUGCACCCGGAGCCGUCCACCAUCUACAGGCCGGUGGACAGUCGGACUUUUCACCCCGCCGGUCGGCACGGAGGGCGCGGGAACACACAGAGCAGACAGACGCACUCGCGCUCCAAACCAGACAAUGCCCACCACUAGAGAGAGAGAGAGAGAGCGCAAUGUUACCAACGCAAAUCUAUAUACCAUAGACCUGCACCUAUAAGAAAUAUUUUUAUUUUAUAUAACUGACAGAUAUUCUAAACAAAUGAAAUAUUUAUUUUCAUUUUAGCAAAAGUUGUCUACUAGUUAACAGCAGAGACUUUUUUAUAGGGAAAACUCUAUUUAUAUGUACAUUUUGAUUUACAGCAUAAAAAAGACGUGCCAAUUUUUUCACAACUUAAAAAAAUUGAGUAAUAUUGUGGUGCCUUUUGCUGUAUGCCGAUGACAGAUGUUCAAUGGAGGUUUUUUGUAGCCUUUCUUAUAUCGACGCCUCAUUUUUUUAUACACGUUUGCUCUUGAGUUUUUCCUUUUCUUUCGGUCCUCUUUUCUUUCCAGGUUUCGUUCUUUCGGGGAAUCGAGCCCUGUUGGAACAUCACUUCUCCUUCCACAUCAUGCAAUACAAACCACUUCAACGUAAGGUGUAUGUUUACAUGAAUAUGAUUCGCCUAUAGAACUUAUCAUUUGACCUUUUUGCCGGUAGGAAAAAUCGGAGAAAUGCAGCAACGCAGAUCCUUUUUUCGCCUCUCUGAGUGUGUGUGUGUGUGUGUGGGGGGGGGGGGGGGGGGGGGGGACGAGUGCGUGCGUGUGUGGCGCACGUGGGCACAAUCUGUGUGUUUCACCGGAUGUUAGACAUCCUAACCGGUGGCUGGAGUGAGACGGCCGACGUGCGGCUCUAUGGGGCGCGCCAAAGUGAGUCGUGUCAGUGGAGGGCUGCUGCUGAAGCCAGACUGAGAGGAGGGUUCGAGCUGUCCCCGGGUUGGUCCUUCUGCACGGAGUUGCUCGAUGUACUGACAUCUGCCUGCUCCCCCCCCCACCCCCCCCCCCCCCCCCUCCUAUGUGUCAGCCUCACUGGCGGUAGCCCGCCUCCAAUCUCCUGGCCUAUCUGUGAUUCUAGUGAGAAAUGCCAUUGGCCAGUGAAAGAGUUGGUGCAGGGUUAUCCCAGCCAUCCUCGAUAGUGCCGCUACAAAGAGACUGAACAGGAAGAAGAAGAAGAAGAGAAAGAGAGAAAGACAGAAACCGAACACGCCCCUCUUCCUUUCGUCGACCCUCUUCCUCCUUCCGCCACCAUCCAUCCGUCGCUUCCUCUUUCAUCCGACUCCCCCCUCCUCUCCCCGUCCUCCUCGCCCCCCCCCCCCCCCCCCGUGCCGCGUGUCCAUUCUGUUCCUGUGGCCGUAGAAACGGGUCACGCGAUGUCUCAGGAUAUCCAACCGCCCCCCGCCCCCUUUCCUCUCCCCCUCUCCGACCUGCCCUUUUAUGCCCCUCCCCCCUCGCCCUCCCCCCCCCCCCCCCCUCCUUUUGGCCCCCCCGGCCUGCCGUGUCAUCCGUCCUACCGAAGACUGACGUUGCUCGGAAUACUCAGGAGGCGUAACCUUUCUGUUAGCCCCGCCCCUGAGCACUCCCAUUGGCCGGAGAGAGAGAGAGCGAAGAGGAAGAGGAAGCACGGCUGCAGCUCAGUCAGGAUCCAACGAGAGUGAAAUAGCUGUGAAACUCUGGAGGGUCACAAAAUGCCCAAAUAUGCAACUUUCUAUUUUUGUUCUGUUUGAUGACAGGAUCAUUUUGUAAGAGGUGACUGUAGUGUGUUGUUUGACAAUUAUGUAAUGCCUUUAGUGUAGAAGAAGUAACAUGAUAUCGAUACAUAUUUAUAUCCAUUUAUUAUUUCCAUGCAGUUAUGCAGCCAUCGCACUGUUUCUUUUGACUCGUUCGGUCAUGUCCAUUGGUUGAUUGUUUCCACUCAAUUAAAUGUUAUUUUGUCACUCCGUCUAGACCAAACUAAUAUAACAUGCAAGUCUCCAGUAACUUAAAACAACUUCCAAAGGCUCUCUCAUUAACUGAGCUCUGCUAAGUCUUGGUGAAAAGGACGGUAUUUUGUUGCUUGUUGUAACGUGUCAGGUUAUCAAAUGGAGAAAUCAACAAAAAUUGUUUGUCGACUGUCCACUGAUGGGAAAGUCAUUUUGGGGGGGGGGGGGGGGGGGGGGGGG